CAUUUUUUCUCCUCUACGGUUUACUCUCUAACACGAUAAGAUGCAGACCGUGACUGUCCUCUUGGUCGUCGCCGUGGCGGUGGCUCAGGCCCAGGUCAUCCCACCCAGGAACAACCCCAUCGCUGACUUUGUGAAUAACCUAGUCACCAAGAGCUUCUCCGAAUUCAAAGCCAUGAAUCCCAGAGAACGACUCAACCACGUCCGGACCAAAUGCGCUGACUAUCCACGCAUUUCCGCUCGCGAUGAUGCCACCAUCAGUGCCAAUCUGGAGGAGAACAUGAAAACUGAGCCAGAAGUCGGCAAAGGAUUCCAAAUGGGUUUCAACUGCCUGUCUGCGCUGUCCAGAGAAGAUAUCAUCUCCACUCUUAAGACCAGUCCUCCAUCCGAGGCUAUCAACCGACGUCCAAUCCCCGAAAGGAAGAGGCGUCAAACCACAACACCACCCGCAUCAAUGGACUGGAGAACCAAGGGCUAUGUGACACCUGUUCAAAAUCAAGGACAAUGCGGCUCUUGCUGGACCUUCAGUGCCAACGGAGCUAUGGAGGGCGCCGUCUUUAAGAAAACCGGAAAACUCCCAAAUUUCAGCGAACAAAAUUUAGUCGACUGUGUCAAUGCGAGCUCUGGAUGUAAUGGCGGAUGGAUGACGGAUGCGUAUGAUUACUCGAUCAAGAACCCCGGAGUGGCCAACGACACUGCUUAUCCCUAUGUCGCUAAGCAGAACACAGCUUGUAAGUAUGUCGCCACCACGAAUGCAGGAAAGGUUGCUAGCUAUGCGUACACCAAGCAAGAUGACGAGGCUGACCUUAAGGCCAAGUUGGCCACCAUCGGGCCAAUAGCCGUGGCAAUCGACGCCUCCAACAUUCAAAACUAUGUGAGUGGAAUCUUCUCCUGUGCCAACUUUACAGCUGUCAACCACGGCGUCCUGGCUGUCGGUUAUGGCACCGAUUCUGCCACGAACACCGAUUAUUACAUCAUCAAGAACAGUUGGGGAUCUGGCUGGGGAGAGAAUGGUUACAUUCGAAUUGUGCGAAACAAAGGAAGCUCCCUCUCUUGCGGAAUUCCAACUUAUGCCAACUAUCCGGUUGCAUAAUAAGGCCAUUUAAUACCCUCCUGUUAUCAAUUAUGUAGAACUAAUCACUUUGACGGUCGUCAAUAAAUCAGAAUAUUAGCCUGAGCAAACUAACAUGAA